GUAACGUAGGCUCACUCAGUUAGCCGCGGCUCGCCACGCCGAUCGCCGGGCGUUUGCUCGAACUCUGUGUGAACGUGACCUGUGACCAAACAGUGCUUGUGUGUGUUAAAAUACGGAAAACUAACGCAUGUCAGACGUUGGAUGGUGAUUUGUUAAUAAUCGGUACAGAACCAGUAGUGAUAUGUGCUAGUGCUGUGACGUGUUGAAGUUUUAGUUUAUGAUGUGAACAGUUGUCAGUGAGUGACUAUGCCGUCUGACAGUGGCUCCACUUGGUCGCCGCCGGCCUCCAACAGCGAGAGGAGAUUGAGUAACUCUUCAGAUGGCAGCGCCGGCAGUGGAUAUUCUAAGGCUACAACAGACAGCGCUGACUUCCUCACAACACGGCCGCACACAGCAGCGGUGUUGCCGGGGAAGCCGGCGACGAACCCGCUGCAGUUCGUGCGGGUCGCGCCCGCCGACCUGGGUAGCCGCGCCCGCGAGCAGCUGCGGCGGGCCGAGCUCGCCAAGCGGACAGAGCCCGCGCGGGUGGAGCGCCAGGAGGAGUGGCAGUCAAAUCUGGACAACUGGAAAUCUUCGCGGCGGAAGCGAGUAGAACAUAUCAUAGAGCGGUGCGUGGAAGUGAGACGGAUGGAGAACGAGCCCAGCCAGCCGCGGGGCAAGUCCAAAACAUUCAACGAAAUGCUGGAAGAACGAGCGGGGAGACGACGGGUGCCCCUCCCGCUGUACGCAGAGGACGAUGGGCACGAUCUCAGCGACCUCGGCAUCGGCACCUCAAGCACCAAGAGCAGCCUCAGCGAGGAUUGCGACACACACAGCUUGGCUAGCGAUGGAAUGGACUUAGACAAGAACCAUUCAGACGUCGACAACUUGUCGAACUGCGAUAACCGCAAGCUGGGCUCCAGCGCCAACGAAUACGACACCUGCACGACCAUGACUAUCAGCUCCCCUGAACCUGAGGAGUACACUUAUGAAGGAGCUAUCGAGGGCUACAAGUCACGAAUAAUCUCCCAAACCAACAGCAAUAUCGUCAAAACUGUUGUUAACAAUUCCAAAGAAAAGUCCGCAGAUAAAAUCAAUGGUGACCUAAACAGAAUCAGGACGUCAGUCAGCAACAAAAUAGAGGAAAAAGUUUCCUCGUUCCAAAGGGAAAGAGCUGAAGAACGAAAUAAUAACCAGAAGAAAGACCUACCUAAGAUAGAUAUACACAAACGAAGAGAACAGUUCGAAAGAGAAAAUUCACAAGAGUCACAAAACAAACCAAAAUUACCUGAUAUUGAAAAUAAAAAGUCAAUUAAGGAAAGACUUUCCAGUUUAGAGAGGUUCACGGAAGAAACACACAUUCAAAAAUCUACGAGCGAGCUGAACAAGUUACCUACAGAAGUGAAACCACUAAAAGAGAGGCUUUUUAACCUCGAAAAGGUCAAGUCUGCAUCUACAGAACCUGAUAAGACUAAAAGACUUUCAAAUGGAGACCUCGGUAAUGCAAAGUCUUUGAAAGAGCGUCUCUCAAGUCUCAAGUCACAAACAUCAGAAGAGGAAAAGAUUAACAAAACUGAGGUAAAAGAAGUCUCUAUGAGUCUUAAACAGCGCCUUUCUUGUUUGGACGCAGCAAAAAACAAGGAAAUACCUAAGAUAUUGGUAGAAGAACAGAUGAUGGUUACGGAAAAACCAGUAGCCAAAGAAGAGGAUUUUAACGAUAAUCUUAUGCAGAACUCAUUAAAGGCCAGUUUGACAGGUAUAGAAAAUCAAAUGCAGAGUUUUUGUCGUUCUCUUGACAGUUUAGACAUUAAUGGUCAAACAUCACCCAGCUCUUUUGAAAGAAUUCAAAGUUUCGAAGAUUUCGAUUGCGCUGAUAUGCAGAACAACACUGCCCAGAGUGAUAUUGAAACUGAAGAUAGUGGAAUUCAUACCGCACGAGACUCUGCUCCGGCAGAUGAUAUCGCAGACUUAACACAAGUAGCUUCUCCAAUAGGAGAGCCGAUGGUUGAAAUAUCCGAAUACGAGUCCUCUAAUGAAGAUGGUGCGAUAACAUUGGAGCCAAUCAAAAUCGAAGAACCUAUGGAAAUAAUGUCUCAACCCAUACAAUCGAUACCAGAAGACAUUGUUAUUGAAGAAAUUGCACAAGAGGAAGCUCAGGAUAUCAGCAAAGUAGAUUCCGAUAGCGCAAGUAACUAUCUUCAAGCGGUAUCACAACCAGAGGAACUUAGCGUUACUGAAGACGUGACGGAAAUUCAGAUGGAUAAAGAAGAUGAAGAUACGCUCAAGAGUUUGGAUAAUCAGGAUACUAGUGUAAGUUUGAAUGAGCCGGUCUCCACGGGCUCGGAGGGUGAUACGGUGGUGUUCGAGGGCAAGAUGACUAUUCACCUCAACUUAAACGAAAUAUGUAACAACAAAAACACUGGUGCUGGGAACAGUACUAACCUUAAAGAAACUAGCACUACUAAUGAACCUACUAACCGCAAGAGCAUGCCAAUGGUAAUCGAUGCAUUGGAACUGGCCUUCCAAGAGCUGGACUCCGAAGACAGUUACGUCAACAACAGCACCAUGGAAGACUCAGUAAAAGAACCAAAACAUACAGAAACUAAGACAAAUGAUGUCCUUGACUUUACGGAGAAGUCAGUUACGCAUCUGUAUGAGAACAUGGACAUGUUCUUCCAAAACUCGGUAGAUGAUGGGGCAGCUUUCCCACUAGAUUUGCCUACUAAUGUUAUGGAGCCACCUAAAGAGAAGCCACCUCCACCGCCUACAGAAGAUGACGAACUUCUUGGCAAUGGUAACUUCAAGCAUACUAGUUCUGCGCGUAGAAUAAAAAAGGAAAUCCGCAACAAACGCACCAGCUUCCUCGGCAUCGAAGGCCAAGUCGACGACUACCUCGACGCUGACCUCUCCGCGCCUCGGCCCGACAUCACCUCCUUCCUUCAAGAGGAGACGAAGAUCGAGAAAUUUCUCUAUAAGAGAACACUGUCCCAUGACAAUGCUAAGUUAAGAGACAGUAGAGAUUCCGGAGUGGAUGUGGAUCGAGGACCGUCGGCGGAAGCGUGGUACAAGCAGUCAUCGCCGGAAACAUCGAAUCCUCAUAGCAGACAGAACAGUGAGCCAUACACUCACGUAACGGUAACAUCAGACGAAGAAGAAACUUCAAAAAAAUCUGUCAAUUUCGCUUCAAACUUGACCUCUAAACUGACGGACCUGGCGCAGCCUGACAUCGACAAUCUCGACAAGAAGCUACAAGAACAACAGGGACGCACUAACGAGGAUUGGCCUGACGGGCACGACGAUGCUCACACAAAGGAGGUUCUGCGUUUUGAACGAGAACUUUUGCAAUUGGAACAAGAAGAGUUAAGAAGACAACGAGAUAAUUUAAUGAGGGACCAGACAAGGAUCAUCCAGAAGUCGGUUCAGGAUGUAUCCGAGAAACCACCUCUAAGGAAGGCUGCUAGUGAAAAUCAUCGACACUCAAUGCCCAACUUACUAGUAAAUGAGCCCUAUAUUCCUGUGGAACCUCAGCCAGAAGUGAAAUACGAUGAGAGUAUAAAACGGAAGCCAUUUGUGUCGGAAGAGCAUAUCCAGAGGCAUUUUGGUGUGGAAGAGAGUCGGAAGGUGUUGUAUGAAGACAGUAGGGAAGAUGUAAGGAGACGGCCACCGCAGCCCGUUCUGCCGCCGAAGCCACGGAGUCGAGAGUCAAUUGAGAGGGAGAUUACUAUGAGGAGUAGCAGAGUGCCUUCGGCAGUGGAAUAUGCCAACGUGGAGCGCACGGCGCAUGUGCAGCUGCGGUCCAAGCCUGCGCCGGCGCCUGCUCCGGUGAUGCCCAAUGGCAACUACCAUCCUAUGACUCGACAUACUUUGCAGGCACUAAGCGCAGCUCCAACGCCGAAGCUGAUCUCCGGAAACGAAUGGCUGGCGCAGCGUGCGCGCAAACCUGCGGGGUACAACUAUAACCAGCACUGGCUCAUACAGGAGGCAGAACAGAGGCGUAUCGACGAGCAACGAAGCAAGUUGCGCGCUACGCAGAGACACUCCUACCAUCAGGAUAUGCCAGCCUCGGCGCUGCUCAACAUGCAUCACAUUAGCACAAGCCAACAACAUUUGCCGCAAGAAUACAAACGUCUAAUACGCGCCGAAACGGACCGCCCGACCGUGCCCCCUCCCAUCCGGCCCGAACCUCCGCUCAGAACCAUCUCCUCCCCGAGGGAACUGCGGGAACUCAGACCAGAUGUCAGGGAACAAUCUCGAGCGCAGACCUCGCCUAACGCCAAGAUCUCGCCUAGGAUAGAAAGCUUGGAGAAGAGAGAAGCGAAGAGUGAGCUUAGAGAAGAUAAGCUGCUAAGCGUGAGCGGGAGAAGAAAGUGCUCACAUUGCGGAGAGGAAUUGGGUCGCGGGGCCGCCAUGAUAAUCGAGUCGCUGUCGCUGUGCUACCACGUGUGGUGCUUCACGUGCGCGGUGUGCGGCGCGGCGCUGGGCGACGGCCGCGCCGGCGCCGACGUGCGCGUGCGCGCGCGCCGCCUGCACUGCCACCACUGCUACAGCGGCGACGACGGCCGCAAAUACAGCGCGGUCUAGUAGUGUAGAGCUACAGUAGCUUACAGUGUACCUACGUGCUGCCGCGCUGACCAUAAGAGCACACUAAACAACCUUGAAAUAUAAACAGACAAAUCCCCAUGGCUCGAUUAUUCGGCCGAUGAUACAAUAUCAUACAUAUUAAUUGGCCGUAUGCCCUAAUCACGUGGUUUUGUUUGUUUUCAUUAUCUAAUUUAUCUAAGUACCUAAAGAACAGACAGUAAAUAUCCAAAUAUGUAAAUUAACGUUCGCCUUCAAAAUAAAAAUGUACCUGAGCUUAUUGUAGUCAUAUAAAAUCUUCGUUGUUUUUUCCUUUAACUUGCAGUUUUUGUAAGAGCUGUACUACUUAAGUCUGAAAGAAACUGACGACUAGAUUAAAAAGAUUAUGACGAUUUAGGUACGAUUUAAAUUCAAGGGCUUGAAAUAAUAUAGCCAUAUAUAAAAAGCUUAUUGUAAAGCAGCGCCAUUCAAGUUUACAACUUUACUGUAUAGAAAUGUAUAGUGUACGUAGGUACAAUAGUAGCAUUGUCCAUACGUUGUAACUAACUAUUGGUAAUCUUUAUUGCAAAGACAUAAGGCGCACCAUAUAUUAGUUAAGAAUGUACACUGUUAUAGUUAAUAUCCGCAAACUAAACUGACGAUCGGGGUCGUAGACUUCUCAUUCACACUUGCCUGAUCGUGGCAAUAGUGAGAGAGAUAGUGAUAUACCUAACCUCAGUCCUCAACUUGAUUUGCGGCUACUAUAGAUGAGCGGCAAACUAAUUUCAUAUGGAAUUGAAGUACAGGAACCUAGCUAUGGCACAGCGACAACUGCUUCAGCAGCCUGUCGCUGUUUGUCAGUUUUUCUGUCCGUACUCAUCUCCAAAACGUCUCGGCGACUCAGCUAGCUUCUGAGUCCGCUAUGCACGCUUUUGUAUUUUAUCCGAUUUUACACAAUGCACAUACGUUUGGUUUGUUAUGAUCUUGUAAUAAAUCUUAAUGCAAAUAUGAUUUAGAGAAAUGUAUUUUGUGAUAAUUGAAUUCAUGAGUUUAGUCUUCAUAUAUGAUGCCAAUAUCACUAAUUCAUUGUUAUCUGCAAAGUAUUGUAGGAUUAUAAAUUGUAAUUUUAGAUGACAAAGGUUUUAAGGUGUUCCGUCAUGUGGUCAUGUCAUGUUAGACAGUACAGUAGGUAUGCUGCUAGCAAACAGCCUGAGCCACACCAAAAGGUUAUUCGCGUUAUUGCAAUAAAUAAAGCACUCUUUAGUAUUGAGGCAAAUAGCAUACCCACAUCAAUAAGCGAUCAUCUUGGCAGCUUUGUAAUUUUGCACUUUUUCGUUUCCGACUUUUUGUGCCAUGUCAAGUAUUUUUUAUAUGUUUUCUUUUGAUUAUAGCAAGAAAGUAAUACGUUUACUUAUACGUUAUUAAUAAUUUUAAUAAACACUGAUCAUGAGUAGGAUUGCACAUAGUAUAUCGAGUUAUUUCAUUUUAAAUUGCACUAUUGUCCUGUGAAAGAGGCCUGAAUGUAGAUAUGCCUUUUUGCGCAAUGCAUUAUUGUUAAAAAGAACAACAAAGUAAAUUGUAAUAUUUUGUAAAUAGAUUUAAUUUAUGUCGUAGAAUAUGUUACAGGUUAGCUUUAAUAGGUAGUAUUUUAGUGUAAAAGAGACAUUUAAUCCAAAUAUGUGUAUGAUUUAAUAUUUUGUAUAGAAAAAUCUAUAAUGAUUAUUUUGUACUUCUCCGCGCCUUAACAUCUAAUUGUGAUUUCGUUUUGAACUAUACCUACUCUUCGAAUAUUGUUCAGGUUAUUAGACGUUUCUACUCUAAUGCGUAUAUUUUUAAAUAAGUACAUGAUGGUGAGAAGCUCCAAACUAUGUAACAAUAAAUAUUUCUGGUUUAA